CUCCUCUUUCAUCGUCCAAAAAAUUCCUCAGCGACUCGUCGCAGACCUUGAGACCUCAACGACCGUCAAUUACAUUUCAUCAGGAGCGCGACCGCCUCGGGCACCUAUCACCUCCAAAAUGCCUUCAGGAUACUCCUCUCGCGAAGACCCUGGUCAGAUGAAGAAGAACAAGCAGUCAAUGGCGGAUCUCAAGCUACGACGUCUCACCGAAUUGAACACUCGUCUGAGAGAGGAUUUGGAGCGCGAGCGUAUCCCUGUGUCCCAGGCUGCGAAGAGCAUUAUCAACUACACCAACAGCACGAAGGACUUCAUGGUGCCAUCAGUUUGGGGAACAGUCGACAAACGCGAGGAUCCGUACACACCACAACAAUCUGGAGGCUGCUGCUCGGUGAUGUGAGAGGUGGACAAAUCGAAUAUCAGACAAGAAUCAACACUCGAGAACGAUAGGAUAGAAUGCUCUGUGCGCUGCUUCCACGAUGAAGAGAGUGGAAAACCACCAACAGGCGUUCAUUGGCGUACGGGAUUAGUCUGCAAUAAUACCUCUCUACAGCGUUGCAUUGAGCGAAAGGCGGUUGGUUGUCACUUGUCAUUAUGAGACUGCGACGACUCGGGGAGGAAGAGCAUGUAAUAUUUCGUGUUUGCAGUAGUUACUUCUUGUGUAUAACUUUUCACGAUGGGACA